CUCGAGCGGCUGGUGGACGGCAGCCACCUUCUCGUGCAGCGAAAGGGCACGGCCGUUGCUUUCAUGUUCAUUUGCAUUCUUGCCAGCUCGUUGCACAAUGGCCUACCAAGUCGGACUCGCGCUCGGCGUCGUCGUGGCGUCGGCGCUCUUUUACGUCGGCUUUCGCGCGCCGUCGCUCCGCAAGGUGAUCCUCAACACGCUCGCGUUCCUCAAGGGUGUGCCGGUUGUCUGGGUGGACUCGCCCGCGCUCGCUGCUAAGGUCUUCAAGGCGUCGACCAACAAAGGCGUCUUCAUCGAGCACGAAUUCUCCGAGCCCGCGUGGCUGCCUGCCAUCUCGAUCGAGUCGAUCGACGACCCGCGCUGGAGCCGCAUGAAGGCCAACCUCGUCGUUCUCAUGAAGCAACUGCCGUCGUCCCAGGACCUGCAGCAGAUCACAUCGACCGUCACGACCAACUACGUCGCGUCCCACGACGUUCUCUGCGCGCGGGGGGUGGUGCACAUUUCGAUUGCAUCGCUUUUCGAGUGGAUUUUUGCGCGGCCGCUGCCCAAGGACGACGCCGACUGGAUCGUCGACGCGACCAACGCAUGGAGGAUGGAGAUCGCGCUCAAGGGCAAAGGCGAUAUGGCGCUCAAGAACCGCUUUGUCGACUGGACGAUCGCGCACAUUGAGGCGACGCCACUGAUCUACGACCUCUUUGGCGAAAACUGGCGCGACCCCGAGUACUUUUCGCUCAUUUUGCAGCCAUUCUUUCUCUCGCCGUCGAUCAAUAUUUCGGACAUUGCGGUCACUGUCGGAUUGCUCGUGCGCCGCGGCGAAGCAGAGACAGCGCCGACCGAUCUCAUCCACAAGGCCAUCGACAUGGCCCAUCCCUUUAUCAUCAUUGAACGCUACCUCGAACACGGUCUGGUCGUGGACGACGCAGUGGUCAUUGCCCCCGGUACGCACGUCUUUGUACCUAUUGACAACAUGACGAGCGACAGCGCGAUGCGCUUUGGCGCUGGCAUUCGCAAGUGCCCGGGGCAGUUCCAGGGCAUGGCGCUCAUGCUCGGCCUCUUCCAGCGCGAAGUGAUUACGAGUCCCAAGUUCCAGCCGGCGCUGCAUCACAAGUACUCGGGCCGCGACCAAGACGGCCUCGAGACGCUGCCCGAGCUGCUCUAUCAAGGCGCUGUCAUCUGGCGUGUCUUGCUACGCGCUGUUCGUCAGCGGCUUGGGUUUGAGUAA